AUGGGAUAUGAAAGUCCUCCGGCGGCGCGCUGCCGCCAUGUCACCGAGAGGGAAACAUAUAGCUAUUAUCUCAGUUUUAGGCGUACUUAGUCUUGCCCUUUAUUUUAUUCCCAAUUUUGUUUGGGUGACUUUAUUUCUUUCAGUGUGUUGUAUUGUGUGUUACUAUCACAGCGGAGAACCGCUUCCCGCCAGGUUAGGCCUCAAUCCGCGGGCUCGGCUGAGAGUUCCAGCCGUGCUCCGACGCUGGUUGUCGGGCUGGGGAUCAACCGGCGUCUCGAUCGCCGUUAGGGGGAAAACGAAGAGCGGCAGGAAUAAAACUGAGUUCCGGUCCUUCGAAAGAAGCUUCAGAGAAAGGCCCAUUGAAACUGGGAUUUAUCGGAGGGAUAUUUUGAACAGUGAGUCGUUUCUUUUCAGUCCUCGGGAUUUCCUCAUGGGGAGUUACAUCGGAAAACCCGAAAGUCCAACUGCCGACCCGGGGAGGCCAAGAGCCGGGAGAAACCCCCGAGAGCAGUUGCGUGAAAAACUGGCCAGACCCAACCAUGCUGUCUACACGCCGAACAGGAGGCUCUCAUUUGCCGGGGAGCCGCCGGGCACAGUGGGUAGAUUCACCAUCACCCCCCAGCGUCAUUACCCCCUGCAGCAGCCCGGUGUCUCACAAGUGGGAGUCCUACCUCCUGUCAAGUGGGACAGCUUCAUAAAGAAAAACAUCCUCAGCCCUCGUAACUCUCCCGCCGUCCUCAGCCCCGUCACCAUCAAGAUCGCCAGGCCGGACCACCACAGCUCCCCCAGUUAUGACCGUCUGAGUUGUGCGAGGCUCCCCAGGGCUCCUGUUGACCCCUGCUCCAGAGAAAGUGUCCUCAAGGUUUUGAAGGAAAGCCGCAAGAGAGAAGUGGAGGAUGAGGACGGAAGCUUCACACCUGAGCAGAAAAGCAAAAGAAGGCGUAAUGACAGCAUUGGAAGCGCACACUCUGCAUUUGAACCUCUCCUGCCCAAUGGUACACCAUCGCAGCUGGUCCCUAAGCCAGGAACCCUGAAAAGAGGGAUGACCUCCCUUGCAGAGGAUUCCAUCAUGAAGAGAUCUCGCACCUCCUCCAUCAGCUCCAGCAGUGGGGUCAAUGCCCCCAGAGGAACCCCCGGCAGCAAGAGAAACCCUAUCCAGAGCUCCUACAGCUCUUCCAAAGGCCUCAGCCAGCGGAAGAAGCGGUCAGCACCCAGCUCCCCUCUGUCCAGCCCCGGGUCGUCUCGCUCUCAGACCCCAGAGGCCGCCUCCAAAAGAGCCAAGGAGGAAGACGGACAGUCUCCCAGCUCAGCAUCCUCUGUGAGGUCCGAGCAGACGGCCUCUGUUAGGGUUCCUGUUGCAUCCAAAUUUACUCCAGUUCCCCUGCUGCCAGUCACGCCCUCAGCAGACUCUACUGGGAGUGGUGGGAAGAGGAAACGUAAGAUCCAGCUGGUGUCGAGCCACCGGGACGAUCAGAUCUCUCUGCCUCCGCCUCCCGAGCUGGGCUACAGCAUCACAGUGAAGGACCUGGAUGAGGAGAAGAAGGCUGCGCUCAGCAAAAUCCAGAAGGUCCUGGAAACACCCGCUCCAGAGACGGAGAAGUCUGUCGCUCCCGCAGCCACUUCCACCCAGCCUGCCUCCUUCUCCAGCACCAUCACCACCCUGAGCAGCCUCCUUGCCUCUCCUCUGCCCACAGUCUCCUCCAGCUCAAACAUCCCCAUCAUCAACCUGGACCCCAGCCCCAGCGUCAGUGUGAGCUCCGCCCCGGCAGCCUCCAACCCGCUGCUGGAGGCUCUGAAGAUGAAGAUCAGCAUUCCUGCGAGCUCCACCUCUGCUGCCAACACAACUACAGUGUCUGCAUCAUCCACGCCGGUGCAGCCCAACGGUUUAACCCUGAAUGUUUCCACAGCAGGAGUGGCCCCUCCUGCCUCUCAGUCCUCCUCAGCAUUCACUCAGGUGCUGAGUCAGGCCUCCAAGCCCUCCAUCAGUGCUUCUGCUGCAACAGGACCAGCGCUGUUCGGACUGAGCAGCCAGAUCAGCAGCCCUGCUGCUUCUUCAGGCUCGAACCCGGUCACUGGUGCUGCUCCAACCCCCGCCAGCAGCUUAGCCUCCCUCAGUAACACCAACCCUCUGCUGGCUUCAGGGUUCAAACCCAUUUUCUCAGUCACCACCACCACCACCCCCUCAGCUGCAUCAACCCCGGAGAGCAAACCUCCUGCACAAAGUUUCAAGCCCAUCUUUGGAGCCGCUACUUCAAGUGCUGGAUUCGGACUGCCUCCACCCUACACCACCUCCAACUCAGCCUCCACUGCUUCUCCGGGUAUCACAACAUCAAUGUUUGGUGGCUCCACUAGCAGCACCACAGUAACCCCAUCUGUUUUCCCUGGUUUAACCAACACCAACACCCCCGCCUCCACCGGCUCCACCGGCUCCAUCGCCACCACGCAGCCCGCAGCCCCAACAGCUGUGAAGUCCCUGUUUGGAAACUGGUCAGCACCACCCACCACCACCACCAGCUCAGCCCCCCUGCAAGCCCCUACCACAGGGAGCUCAUUUCAGUUUGGAGCCGCAACCACUACUGCUGCUGCUCCUGCCCCCCCCGCUGCUGCUACUACCACCUCCAGUAGUGGCAACUUCACAUUUGGUGCCACGCAGGCAGACCCUCAGGCAGCCAACCAGAAGGCCUUCUCCUUCGGGCAGGCAGCUCCCAGUCAGAACACAACCACAGCUUCAUUUGGAGGCUUUUCAAUGGCCAGCACGGCCUCCACCACUGCUGCCCCCACCACCCAGUCCGGUUUCAGCUUUGGGAAGUCGUCUUUUCAAGCACCGGCUGCACAGACCACCUUUGGCUCUUCGGCGGCCCCGGCAGCACAGACCACCUUUGGCUCCUCGGCGGCCCCGGCAGCACCGACCACCUUCGGCUCCUCGGGGGCCCCGGCUGCACAGACCACCUUCGGCUCCUCGGCGGCCCCGGCUGCACAGACCACCUUCGGCUCCUCGGCGGCCCCGGCUGCACAGACCACCUUCGGCUCCUCGGCGGCCCCGGCUGCACAGACCACCUUCGGCUCCUCGGCGGCCCCGGCUGCACAGACCACCUUCGGCUCCUCGGCGGCCCCGGCAGCACAGACCACCUUCGGCUCCUCGGCGGCGGCGCCAAACGCUUUCAACUUUGGUGGAGGAGCAUCAUCCACACCAGCCACCAACGCCGCCCCACCCCCUUUCCCCUUUGGGUCAACUGCAGCCACUACAGCUGCCAGCUUUGGGACCCCUGCUAAACCAGCGUUUGGAGGCAGCUCUACUGGUUUUGCUUUCGGUGGCACCACUGCUCCUUCUGCUGCACCGUCGGCUGCUCCGAGCUUCGGUGCACCCACACAGACUCAGAGCUCCUCCUCCAACUUCGCAUUUGGCAAUGCGGCUCCUCAGCAGGCGGCCCCCGGCCCUGCUCAGCCCGCAUCCGCUGGAUUUAACUUUGGAGCUGCGAUGCCAUGCCCCCAGUUUGGAACACCAGCCCCCAGUAAUCCUGCACCUCAGAUGGGAGGCUUCAAUUUCGGGGCUGCUGCUACGGACAAACCAGCUUUUGGGACGUCUACCCCCUCCUUCGGCCAAAGUUCUGCCGCCGCCGCAGGUCCAAUCCCCUUCGGAAGUCCUGCAACACCAGUCCAAGGGUUCAACUCUGUUCCUUUUGGGUCCCCAGCGACUCCUUCCUUCUCCAUCGGAGCCGGAUCAAAGCCAAUAGGAGCUCGUCAGAGGCUGCAGGCGCGGAGGCAACACAACAGGAAGAAGUAACCUGCUCCGUGUGCAGCACCGCCUAGAGGACUUGAGCUGCUGUUGCUAUCGUUGAUCUGGCUAACAUUGCUCUGUUCUAAGCCCAACACCCCUCAAACCUGGCUGCCACCACGUCUUCUGCUCCCCCCUCCUCAGGUGGUUAUUUUUGCCUGAAAACAUUGUGUUUGCAGAGGAGUCAGAAAGAGCACACAGCCUGCUCGCUGACUGGAUGACUACAUGACCCAGUGAGGGAUGUAGCAGCGGUGAGACAGGAUCCAUAACAACGUACUAUACUUGAACAGCGGGAGAAACGCGUUUGAUUUUGAACAAAAGCAUAUCCAAAGUCCUUUCUUUCCUUUUACUGUGUGUGGACACUCCCAUUGGUUCGUCUUAAGGAGAAGUUGAGAGCCGGAGCCUCGACUCAAACAUUUAUUUUUUUACGUGAAGAGCUCACUGGUUUGUAUGUUACAGAGUAUUUGAGUUCAUUAUCUGAAUGAGUGUGAACAGGAUGAAAGGCACAGUUAUUCAGAUAAGGUACAAAAACACUGCAGUGUAAAUGUAAAGUUAUGAGAAGUUUGCAUUUUAAAUUAUUUUUUUAAUUGGCUCUCUGACCCUGUCAAUGAAUGAUGUGUGUCUGCACUCAACGGGCAACUUAGUAAAUGUCUUAAAGUAGUUUGUGCAGAGUUGUGUGUUCUUGUUUCAUACUUUUUGUCAUUUCGAGCAUUCCUAGAGUCCUCCCAUGGACGGCCUUUUUUUGAUAGUGAUUGCCAACGCUGAUGUGAUUAGCAGGUCCGUAUAUGAUUAAGAUAACUACUCUUAACUAAUGCUGACAAAACCAAAGCCAGCUCAUCAACUUCAUGCCUGUGAAAAGAAUCUGUGAACUCUGUCUCUUUAUGCUGAGAUGUUUGUUUGUGCCAGACUACCUCUCUUUGCUCCAGGCGCCGAAUAUAUGUCACUUCACUGAAAAGCUUAUCUGAAAGGAUUGAGAAGAUCAAUAAUAUUUUACCUUUAACCACUUUAACACCUUGUUAAAUGACUGCACAACAAAGCAUCACCCCCUCUGGUAUAUCAUUGUUAUAAUAGAUACCACCUAAAUAAUGUCAGCUUUACUCAAAUACCAUUUCUCAUUAUUAGUUAUCUGUAAAUGUGUUAAUUCCCAUGAUGCAAGGGUUUUGGUUGAAGAUUUUUCUCAAACACACAGGACGGUAAACACAUUUUUGUCUACGGUCAUGAGUUGUUUUUUUUAUUAAAAUGAUUUGUGUUCUGUGAGAUGAGUUUUUGUUGGUUAAUUUUGAAUGAAUAAAAACUGAAUUUUGGACUUGAAUGUUACAACAAGAA